AUGAAGAUCAAACUUCGCCAGCAACUUGCGCUCCUGCUUGUGCUCUCCGGCGCAAUUGGACUUGCAGUUCUUGCGGUUGCAACAUGGAUUGUCAACUAUGACUUUGUUCUGAAUGUCUCGUCCUCUCGACUCGAAAUCACGGCGUCACUCAAGGCGGCACAAAUCGCCUACAAUUUGGAGCUCAUGCAGAUUGCCGCCACAUUCAUAGCGGCCAGAAGCAGUAUCCAGAAUGCCCUGGUUCGAUACAAUAACGGUUUCAAUACCUCUGCUGAGAAUUGGGCUUCCGCGACCAGCCAUUUGCAGGACACGCUAAGCAAUGCCGGAUUGAUAUCAAGCGCACUCGUCUUGCAGUGUCAAGUUUUCGCGGCAAAUCCCGACGGGCCGAAUGGUACAAGGAGUGUGAUGAAUGUCACGGGACCGGACUUUGAUUCCAUCACCCUGCCCUGGCUGGACGGAGAUGGAAAGCAGUCUUACCUGGGUGAACCGAAUACUGGCUAUCCAGCUGCACUGUACCCCAACCUGACUAUCGGAGAGGACGGACAUGCCAAUUAUGAUGGUGUGGAACUUGACCUCUACUCUACACUCGUCCUGGGACCGACCAGCAUCAAUUCUUCGUUUGCGCUUCUUUCCAUGACCGUGCCGGUGAUCAAUAACAAUUCCACCGAAUCCCUUGUUGGAUGGAUCACAGUGGUGACCAAUGCAAAACUCAUAAGGGAAGUCUUCCAGGAUGAGCGUGGCCUCGGGGAUUCCGGCCAGACACUAUUAAUUGGACCCUCAAACGCGAACAAUCUGUUUGCUCCCGGCAUCAUCGGGAAUGAGAGCAGAGCGGCUUCCGCGGAGGUGCAUUACGUACUUCCACUCAACAUCACAGCCGAGYCUCGACACCCACUCCAUGUAGCAGGCGCACCCAAUCGGGAUUUCACAGCCGACGAUUUUCCUGCGGUCCGGCAUGCAAUAAUUGAGAAUGUCCGUGGAGUCAACGACGUCGGAAGUCUGAUCAAAACCCACAACGAGGCGGGAAAGAAGGUCUCGGUGGGAUACUCCACAGCUCCCACUAUACUGGUGGAUUGGGUGAUUGUAGUUGAGCAAGCACGAAACGAGGUCUGGAAGCCAAUCGACAGGUUGAGGGAGAUCAUUCUCGCUUGUCUGUUUGGUGUCAUCGGUUUCAUGUGUAUUGUAUCCUUUCCUCUGGCACAUUGGGCUGUCCUUCCGAUUGUGCGAAUGCAAGCUGCAAGUGCACAGACGAUAGUUCCGAGAGGCGGUUCCUUUAGCGGAAGUUCUGAUUCUCUCGGCGAAAAGGACGACAGUACUGAAGGCGAUCCCGAAUUGGCCGAUCAUCGCAACAAAGGCUUCAUCACCACAUGCGUCGAGAAGGCCAAGGCGAAGAGACGGGCAUAUUAUCAUGUCGAACGAAGACCAGAGACUCGCGGAAGAAUUCCUGGAAAGGUGCCCCUACGAAAACAACAAUGGAUCAAGGAUGAGAUGUAUGAUUUGGUGGUCACCUUCAACGAGAUGAGUGAUGAGCUUGUCUCACAAUACACCAAGCUUGAAGAUCGUGUGCAGCAGAGGACUGUCGAGUUGGAGCAAAGCAUGAAGGCCGCUGAGGCUGCCAAUGAAAGUAAAACAUUGUUUGUGGCAAUGUGCUCGCACGAACUCCGAACGCCUCUCAAUGGGAUUCUUGGGAUGACGGCUGUAUGCAUGGAGGAGGAAGAUCCCGUUCAGUUGAAGCAUUCACUCAACACGAUCUACAAGAGCGGCGAUUUGCUGUUGAGGACACUGACCGAUCUGCUCAACUUCAGCUCGAACCAACUCGGAAGUGGAGCUCUUACCCUGGACGAGAAGGAGUUUCCUGUGCGAGACCUGGAGACACAGACGAUUGCCAUCUUUGGAGAGCAAGCGAAAGGCAAUUGGGUGGACUUGCGAGUCAUCUUCGAAGAAUCAUCUGGAGAUUCGUACGGCAAUGGAACCUUCAAGGAUAUGACCCUUUACGCAGACAUUCAUCGCAUACUGCAAGUGAUUAUCAAUCUCGUAUCGAAUUCGCUAAAGUUCACACCCCCGGGAGGCUCUGUCACGCUGACGAUCAAAUGUUUGACGGAACCGCCGACGAGGAAUGGAUCACUGCUCAAAGGAAGGAGGAUCGCCGAAAAGGGCACAUCAACACCUCUUGAGAAUGCGACUGCCAACUUCAUCAACCCGCGAGAACUUUUCGACGUUCAGCUUGCUGCUCAUCCGCAAGCGAAAUCACCACCGCCAGGAAGGGACAUGGUCAUGCAGUUGGAAGUGAGGGAUACAGGACCUGGAGUGGAGGAGGAAAUGCUUCAUCGUAUCUUUGAGCCUUUUGUGCAGGCCGAUGCUGGAUUGAGCAGGAAGCAUAGCGRGACUGGUUUGGGGUUGUCCAUCAGCUCUCAGCUUGUCAGUCUGAUGGGCGGAACAAUUGGCGUGCAGAGUACUGUUGGCAAAGGGUCCAUCUUUACGGUCAAGCUUCCGAUGAGACUUGUACACGGAUGCGAUACACCCCGGUCUUCUUUUAGUCGGCCGAUUUCGAGGAUCCCUUCCACGGCGAGAAUGCCCACAAUCCCUAAUGGUCGCACUCCGAGCAGCGAGCUCACGCUGGUAGGGAUGUCGGACUCGAUUGAUUUCCAGGUGGCAUCGCCGUCAGAGGCGUCGCCUUCAGAGUCGGCACCCAAGUCGUCAGAGUCGGUACCCAAGUCGUCGGAGCCUCCACAAAGACCGGUGGUGGUGACUAGACGAGUCAGCAAAACUAGCCCGCAAGACUUCAGCAAAGCUCGUGUUCUCGUUGCUGAAGACAACAAAGUGAACCAAGAAGUCAUCCUCCGCAUGCUCAAACUUGAAAAGAUUUUGAACGUCACCAUCGCAGCAGAUGGUAAAGAAGCUCUCGAUCUGGUCAAGAACAGGGAGGGAGACUUCCAUACCUACGACAUUAUCUUCAUGGACAUUCAAAUGCCCAACAUGGACGGCCAUUGCGCGACAAAGUUAAUCCGAGAGUCUGGCUACAAAAAGCCAAUUGUGGCUCUAACGGCUUUUGCAGAUCAGAGUAAUAUUGAUGAGUGCUAUGGGAGUGGCAUGGAUUACUUCCUUUCAAAACCGAUCAAGAGACCUUUGUUGAAAAAGGUACUUUCAGAGUAUUGUUUACCGGCGGCGAGUGAGGAGGGUAAUAAAGAGGCAGAGACACAGGAUGCURCGAGGAACCAGAGGGAUGGAAAGAAUCCAGAAGAUAUCAUUGCUGGUACUGAGAAAGCCGGUCAGAGUUGA